UCCAGGGAGGAGUCAUUGAUUAAACCAGUUACUGAACAGACCAGGAAUCCUUCGUUGAGCAGAUAACUCUCCAGCGUACAAAUCUCCCAGCGUAGCGUCCUAGUCCAGAUAGGAUGACCAACAAACAAUUCUAUUCUAAUAACACAAUUCUACUACCAUAAGGACACUACACUACGGUCUACUAGUGAUUGUGUGUUGUCAAAAAAAUAAUGCCAACUCAAGUGCUAAAUAUUAAGGACCUAACAAGCAAGGUCAAUGCCAAAGAGCUUGGAAUAGUGAUGAGAUCAUUGGGACUGAGCCUAACAGAAGCAGAGCUGGAAGAAAUGAUCAAAGAAGCCGACACCGACGGGAGCGGCACAAUAGACUUCAACGAGUUCCUUGGGCUAAUGGCCUCUAUGAAGUUGGGUCAUGAUGAGGAGAAAGAGUUGAGGGACGCGUUUCGAGUCUUUGACAGGGACAACAAUGGGCACAUCACCGCCGACGAGCUCCGCCACGUGAUGCACAGUCUCAGCCAGAAGUUGAGUGAUGCGGAGGUGGAGGAGAUGAUGAAGGAGGCGGACGUGGACGACAAUGGGGUGAUUGAUUACCAUGAGUUUGUGAAUGUUAUCAUGUCCAGAGGUCGACUGAGAAGUCCGGAAAGCAGAGGCCGCAGCGAGAGAGAGAUGCGCAAAGGCAAGAAACAGCGCAAAUCAAAGAAAUAUUGUCUCCCUGAGUACUGUAAAACUUUGUAAUUUACAUAUGUCCUGAAGGGAAAAUAACACUUUGGCAUGCACUUCGAUUAUAAGAAGAAGUGAAAUUUGCACUAAAUAAAUGGGAUUAAAACAUAAUGACUUUCCUAAUGUAGGACUUAAACUUUUUUAUUCCCCAAAUAGGACUCAAUAAUGACCUAGUGGAAGG